GAGGGACGCUGAAGCAGAACUCCAGCAUUGACCUCUAGCUCUGAGCUGAGAGGGAGUUGUGGGGUGACUGACUCACUUCUGGAUUGCAGCUAUAGCAGAAAAUUCCUGAAGUCAACAGUUCUAGCAGUGACUUUAUGAUUCCUUACCUUCCUGAUAUCAUGGAGGCUGCAGUCCCCUUGGGAGGCCUGUUUUGCAACUAGGAAUCAGCUCUGGACACCUUGCCUAAAGGCAGUCUUUCUAGCUAUUUUCUACUUAAUCUUCCUAUGUCUAAAAUAGCUGAUUAUUUGUUUUCUUGACAGAACCAUGACUGAUAUAAGGGCUCAUGAGCAAUUUGGGGGCAAGCUUGUGCUGAAAGAAAAAAACAUUUUAUGACAAGUUGAUGAAGAUUAUUCAGAGGUGUCAAUAUUUCAAGUUGCUUAGAAUCCAUCUGAAUUGCAGAAUGAAGAGCAGGAAUAAUUGGAACAGUUCUGCUGUACCUAAAACACAACUCAAAUCUCCAAGUAUAAAUGUAACGGGAUCACAGUUCCUCACUUCCUCACUCAAUACUACGAUGUACAGAUAUAAUGUGACUUUAAAAUUUUUCUUCAAUGGCUCUUCUCUUCCCAGGAGCCUUAUCUCAAAGGAAUUUGAAGAGGAAUGGUGAGGAGCAGAGACAUGAAAUUAAAUCUAUUUGUGGUAUUUCAACCUAAAGAAUACUUUUUCAUUUUGGUAGCAAUUUGGUCUUUCCAGUUCUUCUUAUGUGGAAUAGUUAUUGCCGGACCCUCUGCCUCUGCUGGUCUGGUCCCUAGUCUGAGGACCACAGAGGACCCCUGAUUACAUCUAGGGGGUGGGCCAUUGUGUGGUUACCUACUGAUAGAGCUUGUGGCUCUAGUCCUUGCUUCUGGUUGCAAAACCCCCUACACUAUGGCUUCUUGGUUUCUCUUUGAAGCCUCUGCUGGGUCUCUGGCUUUCUCAGAAUCCUCACAGCCCCACUGCGGAGCGUGCAGGACUUCCGGAUCCCUGGCCUGUGCCCGCCAGGUCACAUCCUCUGCCAAAGGCCCACACUACUGUGUUGAUGCGGGUGGAGCCCAUGUGGAUGUGAGCCAUUUGUGGCCUUCCAGCGGGGGAAUGAGGCAAAUACUGCUCUGCUUUCAGCUGUCCUCCGAGCACAUCUAACCUGCGUCCGUGCUAAGCUUUCCACCUGGAGAGAGGAGGCCAGGACACAUGUAUCUGUUCUCUUGGUUCCCCACCUACCAGGAUGGAAGGGGUGAAGUUUUUAUUUCUUCCUCAAAAUUAGGGAAUUCCUUCUGUGUCACCAUCUACUCCCAUCCAAAUAGCUCCAACAGGGCUUCUGACAGUCAGGCAAGACUUGGCAGAGGAGGGUAACGUGGUUAGGAGGAGAUGGUUACAGUGGGUGAGUCAUAAAGGGGAAACUGGAGCUGGAGAAUCCUAGAGGGAGAUUGUAGGAAAGUUGGCUUCAAGUUACCCAUCCUGGACAGGGCACCUGGCAAACAGUACAACACAGUGUAGUAUUCAGAGUGAGGCUUCGGAACCUGCCCCACAUACUAGCUUUGUGACCGUGAGGGAGUUAUGCAACUUCUCUCAGGCUCAGUUUUCUCAUUUGUAAAGCGAGGGAUCACAAUGGUACUUACCUCAGUGGUUUGUUGUGUUAUAGAAAAUAUUGCUUAUGAAUGCAUAUUAGGCACCAGGCACAGCCUCAUGCAUAGUGCGACCACCAUAACUGAGGCUGUCAUGAAACUCUCCAGUACAGAGAUGGAAAACCAUCUGUAACUACACAAAUAUAAGUUGUUACUCAUUAUAAGAUAUUAGGUUGAGUAGGUUGGAAAAGUUGGAGGGCACAGCCUUGUUUUCACUAUGAGGCAUUUAUGAAGAAUGGAAAGUGAUGAAGUUGGAUCCCAGGAAGAACUGAACAUGAGACCUGACAAACAACCAGAAACACAUGAAGGUGAUCCUACUGGUAAGAGGGAGGGAAGGGUAUUGCCUUAAGGGACCUAUGUGCUUAGGGAGUAUGAGGUAUAAGACUAAGCUGAGAAACUUGUAGUCUAAAAAAACCUGCAUAAAAGAUACACGUAAUCACAUGAUGCUUGGCCUUUUGUUGAAUGUGAUUAUUCCAAUUAAUACAUCAUUAUAAGACUAUGUUUGUGAGCUCUAAAGAUGACACAGGUCUUCUUUGGAGUAUAUGAUCAAAGUUUUUGGUUUUUUCUUUUGCAUUUUAUUUUAUCUGCUGUUUUGUUCAGAGAGUCCACUAUUACAGGUUCUGCCCGGCCAUGUGACUCCUCUGGCCCCAGAGUUCUUGGAUCCAGCACUCACCCAGAAAGCCUUUGCCCACGAUGUCAGCAGCAUACAGCACAUGCCUGCAGAGGACUCCAAAGUUCCACAACCCAAGGACACAUUUCUUCCUGAGCAGGGUGACACCAGUUCCUCAACAAAAACCAUGCAGUCCAAGAAAGGCGACACUCCCAAUUCCUCAAGGAAAAUCAUGCAGCCCAAGCAAGGCGACACAUCCGGUUCCCCGGGGAAAACGACCCUGCCUAAAGAGGGCAACAUCUUCAAUUCCUCCGGGAAAACCAUGCUUCCCAAAGAGAGCAACUCUGCUAAUUCCUCAGAAGAACCCAUACCGCCUAAGCGGGGUGACAUCUUCAAUUUUCCAACUAAAACUAGCCCCCCUAAGCACGACAGUACUCCUAUAUCACCAGCAAAAAGCAUCCUUCCUAAAGAGGGUAACACCCCUAGUUCCUCAGCAAAAACCAUCCCUUCCAAGCAAAGUGACAACCCCAGUUUCUCAAAAAAACCCAUCCUACCCAAGAAGGACAACACCCCCAAGUCCUCAGAAAAAAUCAUUUCACCUAAGCCGAGUGACACCUCCAAAUCUCCAGAAGAAACCAUUCACCUUAAGCAGGGCAACACUCCCAAGCUAUCAGCAAAAUCCAUUUCAUUCAAGCCGGGUGACACCUCCAAAUCUCCAAAAGAAACGAUUCAGCAAAAGCCGGGCAACACUCCCAAGCUAUCAGAAAAGAACAUUACACCCAAGCAGGGUGACACCUCCAGAUCUCCAGAAGAAACCAUCCAGCCCGAGGAGGACCACACCCCCAAGUCCUCAGAAAAAGCCAUCCAGCUCAAGGAGAGUGACACCUCCAAGUCUUCAAAGAAGAAAGCCAUCCAGCUCAAGGAGGGUGACACCCCUAAGUCCUCAGAAAAAGCCAUCCAGCUCAAGGAGGGUGACACCCCCAAGCCCUCAGAGAAGAAAGCCAUCCAGCUCAAGGAGGGUGACAUCCCCAAGUCCUCAGAAGAAGCCAUCCAGCCCAAGGAAGACAAGUCCUCAGAGAAAGCCAUCCAGCCUGCAGAAGGUGACAUCUCGGCAGAAGAAACAGUGGAGCUCUUGAAGUUCCAUUUGGUGAAAGUGAUCCUGAGCAAAGAAGAUUUUGAGUUGGCGCUCAAGGAGGCAGGGGAGAGGCUGGUGGCCGUGGUCUUCUCAGCCAUGUGGUGUAUGCCUUGCAGGACCAUCAAACCCCUUUUCUGUUCCCUGUCUGUGAAGCACGAGGAUGUAGUGUUCCUGCAAGUAGAUGUUGAUGACUGUGAGGAGCUAGUGCAAGAUCGUGGGAUCAUUCAUGUCCCAACCUUUCAGUUUUAUAAAAGAGAAGAAAAGGUGAGUGAAUUUUGUGGUGCCCUUAAGGAAGACCUUGAAACAAUCAUUGCAGAAUUAAAGUAGUGCAUUCUGAAAGCAUUACAGAGAGUCAGUUGUUCAUGGCGUAUGAUUUUUUUUUAUUAACAAAAAAGAAGUGUAACAAAAGUGUAUGUCCAAAUGAUACCUACUUAUAAAUAAUAAAUGUUAACUCUACCCAUGUCAAAAACUAGUCAAAGCCCUAAAGCAUAUUGUGACCAUAUUUUUCUUAAUAGAAAACUGUGAUAUUAGAAUUUCCUUUGGUGGAUAUUGGAAGUCCAGUUGUCCCCUACUUUUUUAUCUUGAUUUUUUUCCCCACUCACCCUUGAAAAUUCCUCAUUUCCUGUUAGCAGAGACAUUGGACAUUUAGACAAUUCUCUAGAAGUACAUGAUUUAAAGAUGAGUAGAAACUUCUUAUGUUCACAUAUCUUUGGGAUUUCUGAUAAGAUAUUUUUGCAAAUACAGAAUCUGAAAGAGUCACAUACCAUAUCUAACCUUUUUCUUGUGAGGGGAGUGCUAUGGAGCCCCCAGGAAAUUCCAUGGGCUUGCCAGCCCCAAUUCAUUGGUGGCAGAACUGACACCAAGGCCAUGCUUCCAGAUUUCAAGUUCAGACCUCUGUUUUACUAAUCAGUGCCCACAAAGUCUGAGACAGAGCUCAGAACUCUGGUUUCUCAGGCCAAGAGCUUUAUUAUUCAGGUUUAAGUUAGUGUGAUCCUUGGUGCCAUUGUGACAUCAACUCCCUGGUGGCAAAGUUCCUGUUUUGUCUCCUUGGUAACUAGGUUUCAGAUACCUGUUCCCAGAUAUCUCAGAAAUCAAAGGCCCAGGUCUGGGUCAUAAAUGAUGGCUUGGUCUGUCAUCUUUUCCACAGCAAAUAUGUUCCAAAACCUCCGGUGGAUGCCUAAAACCAUAGGUAGUACCGAACCCUAUAUAUAUCAUGUUUUUUCUAUACAUGCAUACCUUUUCACUUAAAGGCUUCUCUUUGACAUAUCUGAUUGCUAGCAUCCCUACUCUUGUGAUUUGGGGCCAUUAUUAAGCAAAAUAAAGGUUACUUGAACACAAGUGCUGUGAUACCUCAAUAGUCGAUCUGAUAACCAAGCAGCUGCUCAGUGACAACUGCAUGGGGAGCAUGCAAAGUGUAGGGAUGCUGGACAAAGAAUGAUUCACGUCCCAGGAAGGAGAGAGUGGAAUGGGAUGAGAUUAGAACAAUUAAAAUGUAACAUGAAUGAAUUACAUCAACUGUUGUUUUUUUCUGGGACUGUAGUAUUGAAGAAAUUUCUGUCAUCGGUUUUUCUUUAUAUUUAGGUUACUAAGUGAUGACAUGGACAAUGACCUAAAAAAUCCUUUAAAACAAUUAUAAUAGAUUUUCAGGUGAUUUUAUACUAUUCCUGGUAUAAGUCAAAGGAAGAAGGCAAAGCACAACUUCGCAAAGGGAAUUCUGUUGGGUCAAGAAAAUGUGGAGCAAAUAGUGUGGCUCUCUGAUGAUCUAGCUUGAUCCAGGGAUAAAAUUUAAACUACCAGAGAAUCAAUUCAUGUCCUUCAAAUAUUCACCAGAAACACCAUUUUUCUUGACUCUUGGGAUAACAGUCAAACAGUAACCAGGUCAAAGUUACAUUCUCUGGCAGAAAGCUUGAAUAUGGACAUUCUAUUUUGCUCAUUAAGAGAAAAUUAUGCCCUUAAAUGAUCCAAGCAAUUGUUAUCACUUGUAGUAUUUAACAUGAAGGAGAAAUAAGAUUUCUAAUGAAAAGGAAGAUUCCAGAUAAUCAUAUUGGUUGUGAAUGAUGAGAGCCUUAAUCAGAAUUAAUGGAAAACUGUUUGAAUUGAUAAAAGAACUCAACAAAGUGACAGAAUUAAGAGUAAUAGCCCAAAAUCAAUUGUUUCAUUUUGACUCAAUAACAAAUAAUGGGGAAUCA